CCUGUUCUUUCCGUCGUCUUCCUAAUGGGCUACGUCUAUUGCACUACGGUGUUCGUGUUCUUGCAGGAUUGGGUGGCCUUGAAUUCCUCUUUAGGGUUAACGAACGCGAUCAUCUUUAGCUUUCUCGCGUUUAUGUGCCUGAUUGCAUUCUUCGCGUCUGUUUUCAUCGAUCCCGGCGGCGUGCCCUCGUCUUUUGCCCCUGAGAUGGAAAACCCUCAAACGAAAAAGGGCAAAUCACAAUAUUGUGAUAAGUGUUGUGCUUAUAAGCCACCCCAAACACAUCAUUGCCGAGUUUGCAGAAGGUGUGUUCUGAAAAUGGAUCAUCACUGUUCUUGGAUUGGUAAUUGCGUGGGAUAUGCAAAUUAUAAGUCCUUCAUUAGUUGUAUCUUUUAUGGAUCAGUCGCAUCCAUCUACUCAGCGGUGAUAUUCUUCUGCGACACACUCCACAGGGAGCAUGGCUUCAGAAGUAUCGCUUUGAAACUCUUUAAUGUUCUAAGUGGUUUGGCAUUGAUAGUCUUGACCAUAACCAUAAGCAGUCUCUUUGUCUGGCACAUCUACCUCCUAUCAAAAAACCUAACUACCAUAGAGUAUCGGGAGGCGGCACGAGCUGCAUGGCUCGCAAAGAAAUGCGGUCAAAAUUAUCGGCAUCCUUUCGACCUCGGUGUAUAUAGUAAUCUUAAAUCGAUUCUGGGUUCGAAUUUGCUGAAAUGGUUUUGCCCCUUAGCUAUUGGAAAUGUAAAGGAUGGCACACAGUUUCCAAUUUCGAAUGAUUAACUGAGAUAAUGCUUCUGUUUUUGUUACUUUUGGAGGUCUGGAAAUUUUUUUUAUUGUUUGGCCUCUUAAGCUAGUUCUUAUGAGUGUUAGAAAAAAGACACAGAGACCAGUAGUGCGUAGUGCAAGCUUUCUCUUGAAGAACCACAGAUCACAGCCACAGCACCAUAUUAUAGUCAUCAAGAAGGUAAAAUGUUUUGUUUUUUGGGUUCAAAAUGUAUCUCUUGAUGUUGUAUUAAUCUAAGUGAUAAUUUUAUGACUUGGAUAUGGAGCGUGAAAGAUAUUUCUUUUGCUGUGGAAGAUUGAGCAAACUUGGUCUGA